UCAGGGGCCCAAUAAAAAAAAAAAGCUGGUUUCGUCAUUGCUUCUCUUUCUGGUUUUUUUUUAUCAAUCUCUCCUUGUUUCCCCAUACUCUCUUGCGUCUUUCAUUACGAUGAGCGACGAAAGAGAACCACUUCUCGCCACUGAACGGGGUGAGGAGGGCACCAGCUCGCAUCCUAUCGAGUCAACUGAACAUCCACAACCAACGUAUGCGGCACCAUCAAGAGUGCGUUCGGGAAGAUUUACCUUUCUGGAAAAGGUGCUAUUCGCCUUGACCGUUGCAUUCUUUAUUCUCCUGUGUGUGUUUGCCGGUUUAUAUGCCAGACGCGUCUACGAUGAGCAUGAUAAGGUCCCUGCCCCAGAGCCAACUUCACCACCCGAUAAACCUCGUGAGAAUAUUACCGAGCCUCUUUGCUCCACGCCUCAAUGUGUGUUGACUGCUUCGCAAAUUCUGAAAGAUAUCGACAUGACGGUGGAUCCUUGCGAAGACUUUUACGCUUAUACUUGCAACAAUUGGAUCAAGACGCAUGAUAUCCCGGAAGCCAAACCAUCUAUCAGUUCUUUUGCUCAACUGGCUACAGACAACAAAGAAGUGUUGCACGGUAUCCUCACUCAUGACUUCCAAGAAUUUUAUGAACGCACGCAUGGUUCAACGGGCGGUUUGCCUGACCCGGAGAAACUAGUCGAUAAGCAGAAUUUCAACAAAGUCAAGGCGUUGUAUGAUUCCUGCAUGGACGAGCAAGCUAUCGAUGCACGUGGAGCGGAGCCCUUGCUUCCCCUGUUGAGAGAACUCCGCCGUUUGUAUCCUUCGGAUUUUGCAGCCGUCAAUGCCGACACCAUGCCAAAGGCCACAGAAAACACUCAAACCCUCACCCAAGCCAUGAGUUUCCUCUUCAAGCACAAUGUGGGCGCCUUGUUUGAAAUUAUGAUUGACGCGGUAAGAUCCCAGAAACCCAGAGAAAACCGCUUUGCAGUUGUAUCAAUCUGGUUUGACUUUGCCUUCAAAGGAAUACUAUCAGGAGGAGGACAUUGUUCAGACCUUGUUUGAAACUGUGGCAGAUACCAUGGAUGCUGUCUUUGGCGCGACCAACAAUGAGUUUGGCUGGAACCGAUGGAGCGCUAACACCACUGCAAGAUUGGUGGUGGACUUUGAAAAACGCUUGGCCAAUAUCAGUGCGCGUCCGGAAGAGUUGAUGGAUCCCGAUGCUACCUACAAUCCUCGCUCUUUGUCUCAGCUGCAUAAACUGGCACCCACUCUUGACUGGGGUUUGAUGAUAUCGGAAUUACUCCCGUCCACUGCGCCUCACGUGGACAUGUUGAUUGUCUCAUCGCCCGAAUAUAUUGAAAAACUGCAUACCGAGCUUUUGGAUGCGUCCACUACCCGGACGGUUCAAGCCUACUUUAUGUGGCGAUUGAUUCGAUCUUAUUCCGAUGCCUUAGCCGAAGAUAUCCGCAA